AUGAGUCAGCCCAUUUAUGUGACGACGGCUUUAUUCAAUCGAGCUUGUUCAAUACAAAAGUUUGAUGGACACGGUGAUGCCGAACAUGGGCUCCAGAAUAUUGUAGAAAUUUUCGAUUUAUUACAAACUACAACACCAGAACGAAAUGAAUUAGUUCUUGAUAUAUUAACUGGUGCAGCACUUAUUUGGUAUGUCAAACAACAAGAUCAUAUGUCAACGUUUAUUACACUAAUGAGAAAUUUUUCUCAAUAUUAUAGUCAACAAGAAUUAAAAACAGAAUCAUCAACAGCAUUCAUUUUGUCAAAUAUACCAUUGAAACAAACACAAAGUAGUGAUGGCAAAGAAACUGUUAUUUAUUGUUUACGAAAUCAAAUGUUAAUUAAUAAUCUUGAAAAGUUACCAAAAUAUUCUGGAAAAUCAAAACAAAAUGUAUCUAAAUGGUUACGAGAAACUGAGUAG